AUGUCUGGAGGACUUAAAGCUGACACUGAAGUUAACACAGUCCUUGGGACUGUUAGUAAACCUCGAGAAAUCCCAGAUGAUUCCCCAGCAGAACAUUGUUUAUCUGGGGAUUCGGAUGGAUUCUUUGGGUUUUCAUGUAUUUCCAUCACAGAAAAGACAGAACCGCUCCUUGGAAAAAGUAGCAACCUUCCUAGAGAAAGAACAAUGUUCCGCGAGGGAAUGGAUGAGUCUUCUGGGGACCCUUUCCUCGUUGGAACAGUUCAUUUCUCUAGGAAGGGUUCACCUAAGGCCUUUACAGUUCUAUCUAAGAGAACAUUGGGAUCAGAGAUCCCAAAAUCUCUCCGAUUCCUUCCAGAUCACGAAGGAAAUAAAGGAGGACCUUCGUUGGUGGAUGAAUCCGUGCAGGAUCAACAAAGGAGUAUCCCUUCACGUUCCGAAAAACCCUCGGAUAGUGUUGUAUUUCCGACGCCUCAGAAAAAGGCGGGGGAGUUCAGUGCAGUGUUUAAUUUUGCUCACAGAACACAAGUUAACAGUAUUGCCGGUAAAGCGGUUCAAGACACAACAGAUUUGCUUAGAGAAUUGCAACCCCUUGCACGCGGAAAUAAAGAAAGACGUGUCAGAGCAGACAGACUGAAGACGGAAUUUGAAGCAACAGCCACUCGCUUCUCAGAAGUUCAAAAGAAAAUGAUGGUCACUAUGAGAACUGCUCGUUUGCCAGCGGAUAUGGUAGCUGUUGAGCAAGAUGCAUCUGCAAGUUCAGAGGAGCUUAUACGAAGAGAACAGAUGUUGCAAAGUAAAAAAAAAGAAAUACAGGAUUUAGAAUUUGAAACAGCAAUGCAGCUAGAGAGGGAGCAGAGAGUUCAUCAACUUGAGUCUGAUAUCAUAGAUAUAAAUGAAAUUAUGAGAGACCUUAGUGCUAUGGUUCAUACGCAGGGUGAAAUGGUUGAUUCCAUAGAGCAAAAUGUGGAAAACUGCACAUGGUCCUCAGUAGAGGAGGGCGUCAAGAACUUGUAA